AUGAAAUAUCUUAUCUCCAUUGGAGCUAAUAAAGAAGCAAAAGAUGCUAUCUUUGGAUUUACUCCAUUAUUAUGCGCAUUAACUCAUCGUGAAUUUGAAGCUGUUAAAUAUCUUAUCUCUAUUGGAGCUGACACUGAAGCAAAAGACUAUAAAUUGCAGGCUACUCCACUCAUUUUUGCAUCAGGAGCAGGAUUCCUUGAAGUUGUUAAACAACUUAUCUCCGCUGGAGCUAAUAAAAAAGCAAGGAACAAAGAUGGAUCCAAUCCACUUUUUUCUGCAAUAAAAUGCGAUCACCUUGAUAUUAUUAAAUAUCUCAUAUCUGCUGGGGCUGACAAAGAAGCAAAAAUCAAUGGUGGAAUCACUCCAUUAAUUAUGGCUUCACAAAAUGGUCAACUUGGAGCUGUUAAAUACCUUGUUUCUGUUGGAGCUAAUAAAGAAGCAAAAGAAGACAAAUUUGGAGUUACUCCCCUCAUUGUCGCAACAUAUAAUUGCCAUCUAGAUGUUGUUAAAUAUCUAAUCUCUGCUGGAGCUGAUAAAGAAGCAAGGGCAUCACUAGAAGGCCAUUUUGAAAUUGUUAAAUAUCUUAUCUCUGUAGGAGCUGAUAUAGAAGCGAAAGAUAAUCAAGAAGGCACGCCACUCAUUAAUGCAUCAUCUCAAGGUCACCUAGAAAUUGUUAAAUAUCUGAUCUCUUCAGGAGCAAACAAAGAUGCAAAAGCAUUAUUUGGAAUUACUGCACUAAAUGUAGCAAAAGGAGAUGUAAAAGAUUAUCUGCUGUCAAUUGAAGCAAAAUAA